CCAGACUUACUUGACUAUUAAACCACGAGAGGGCGUUCUACUUGGCACAUGCCUUUUCUACGUACGGGCCGGUAGCGCGCGCUGUGACUGUGUUUCGUUUCACAUCAGUUAUGCAGACUCAGUCCACAAAUGAUGUGAUGGCUCACAACUUGAGGUCCAGACAGGUCCCCGCCCAACCAUCAGAUGAACCAGAAGCCGAUCCACCCCCAACAUCCGUACAUGACUCCGCCCACCGACUACAAUCACUAAGAAAGAGAGUGACAUUUCGAUCUGUAAAUCAGGAUGAAAAUAACACAGACAGCACGCCAAUGACAGACUCGCCUAAACCGGUCCUAGCGAAGGAAAAAGUUCCUCCUGAAGAUCUCAAACCGUGGCCCAGGAGUCGGAUGCUUAUUGUCUUGAUUUUGUUUCGUUGGGUCAAUGCUGUCUUGACACAGACUUUCUUUGCUCCGGAUGAGUAUUGGCAAUCUCUUGAAGUGGCACACAACAUCGUCUUUGGCUACGGGUAUCUAACAUGGGAAUGGCGAACAGGUCUGAGGGGAUUCACCCAUCCCAUCAUCUUUGCAGUCUUGUACAAGACGCUUCAGGUGCUGAACAUCGAUCAUCCCAUGCUCUUGGUUUUACUACCCAAGAUACUGCAGGCUACAUUUUCAGCCAUUGGUGAUUACCACUUGUACAAAUUUUCCCAUUGUCUGUGGGGAGAAAGCGUUGCCAGAUGGACUCUUUUCUGUCAUCUCAGCUCUUGGUUUGUGUUCUACACGGCUGCACGGACUCUCACUAACACCAUGGAGAUGAUCCUGACAGUGUGUGCUAUGUAUUAUUACCCAUGGCCUUCCUCUAUGAUCAAAGGAGUCGAUCCCAGUCAGCACAGGUAUUCGACCGGCCUGUACCUCCUCCUAGCUGCCCUUGCUUGCAUCAUGAGACCCACGGCUGCUAUCAUCUGGAUUCCUCUCUGUGCCUGGCAUCUUGUAAGAUGUAGAAAUCUCAUUCUGGCUCUGCUUGUUGAUUUCAUACCUAUCGGCUCUGCUGCCCUCAGUUGUUCGUUACUAAUGGACAGAAUUUGUUACGGCAGGUGGGUGUUCGUCCACUUCAACUUUCUCCGCGUCAACACCGUCUACAACAUCAGCUCGUUUUAUGGGACCCAGCCGUGGCACUGGUACUUGACUCAAGGGUUACCAGUGAUCAUUGGUACCCAUGUGUUCCCGUUCAUAUUAGGGAUAAGGUUAGCGGGCCGGGCCUAUCGGCCGUUGGUGCUGCUUAUGGUCUGGACGCAAUUCGUUUAUAGUUUACUACAGCACAAAGAAUACAGAUUCCUUCUACCGCUUGUCCCCAUUGCAAUGUCUUUUUGUGGUGUAAGCCUUUGUAAGUUAUCAAAAUCCGGCCGAGCAACGAGCAUGGCCAUGUUUAUCCUGGCGAGCAAUCUACCAAUAUGCCUAUACACUGGCCUGAUCCAUCAGAGAGGGACUCUAGAUGUGAUGGGGUACAUACAGACGAUAGGGCACGCACCCGACGUUCACAUCAGGGUGCCGUCUGUCUUGUUCCUCAUGCCUUGCCACUCUACACCGUUCUUCAGCCACGUACAUGCGAACAUCUCCAUGCGAUUCUUGGAAUGCCCACCCAACCUGGGCCGGUAUCGGACGGAGGAAGCCACCUAUCAAGACGAAGCAGACGUCUUCUUUGAAAACCCCAGCGAUUGGUUGAAGACCGAGUUCAGACCAGGCAGUAACUUACCACGAUAUCUGGUGUUUUACGACGUUCUCCUACCUAAAAUCAAAAGAUUCCUAACAAGCAGAGGCUAUUCAAAGACAGCUUCAUUCUUCCACACGCAUGUGCCGUUAGAGAGUCGUAUAGGAAGACAUGUCCUAGUGUAUUCUAGACCUCUCAAGAUACCUCUUGCUCAGGCGUGACGAUGAACCAAUCAACUCUAAGGCAGGGACUUAUCCGGUAUUAGAAAUAAAAAGGUGUACAAAGAUGACUUGAAUUGGAAAACAGGGUGUCUAGGUUGUCCAAACUCCGUACUUAGGGUGUUUCUUUUAUUUCUGUAGUUCUAAUAUAUUUUUGCGUCUUAUGUACGAUCGAUCAGAUGCCAUAACAUUCUGAAGGAAACAAAAUUGCAGGUUCACCUGUAAAGAUGGUUAGUUGAAUAGCGCCAAGUGUGCCCUUUCUCUAGUUACCGCAGUGGGAUUGUCAUGGAUUGAUACCACUAGGCAACGUACUUAUAAUUAAACCAUCUAUGGUAAGGAUUAGUCUUGUGACAUUAUUAACUGCACCAUGCAGCUUACUGAUAUAGUGACAGCUAUGAUAUAAUAACGAAGGUAACUAUAGACCCAGACUUUUUAAUUUUGUUUCUUUCUGGUAAUGACAAGCAUUAGAUUUUUUCAGGCUUUUAGUCUAAAAUCAGACAUUGUAAAUCUGAGAGAAAGACAUUACCAGUAUAGAUAGAAACACAUCUUGCAGACUUUUUAUUCAAGUUUUCAGAAUUUUUCUUGAAAAUUGACAAUCUCAUCGCUGUAAUGAAACCAAAGAUUCCUCAAAAGGGCCUGAGGCAUUGUAGCUCGCAAGCCUGAAGAACCCUGUAGAGAGGAGAAAUUAUAGUUUUAGAGGUGGGAGGAAAACCCCCGAAUAAUAUUCUGGGUGAACCCCAUGGAAUCAGGCAGGGACUGGAAACCCAAUCCACAUGUGGUCUGGACGAGAGUCGAACCCGGGUCACAGCGGUGGAAGGCGAGGAAAGCAACCAGUGGUUGCGUGGCAGCCAUGACAUAACCAAGGUAGAGUAUAGACCUGGAUGUGAUGAGAGGCAGAAAUUACAGUUUUAGAGGUGGGAGGAAAACCCCCGACGAAUAU